AUGAGCACCACUAAAGUCGGACAUAAGAGCAAGCUCUCGGACCUUAUACACUACCGGAUACGUGCGAUCACGGUCGAUGGACGCGCGUUUGUUGGAGAGCUCAUGGCGUUCGACGCGCACAUGAACCUAGUUCUCGCAGAGUGCGUUGAACAUCGGAUCCCGGAGGCCCAAAUGCAGGAUUUGAAGCGGCAAAAUGGAUCCAAGGAGAAAAAAGAGGCCUACAGUCCCAGACUCGAGACGCGGCCGCUGGGACUCGUGGUGUUGCGAGGCGAGCAGGUGCUCACUACUGUCGUAGAAAGUGCGCCCGCGAUGACCAAGAAACAACGUGCUCUUGCGGGCGAGAGAAACAGAGCCCAGCUGGCCAAACACAAGCGAAAGGGUAAAGGUGUGGUACGUGCCGGUGUGGCGUCGUCUUCGACACUGUCGAAGACGGCGCCUAGGACGCCGGCGGGAGCGAAUCCGCCGGGGACCGACGGUUUUCAACAAGGACCUGCCCACCAACAGCGACAGCCACGUCCUUUUCAGCCUCCACCGGGGUUCCGCAGACGGUGA